UGCCGAGAGCUGUCGGGGCGGGGGGCGGAACGGGGUGUCCUGGGAGCACGUGGGUUGCGCUCCAAGUUUGUCCGCGCGUGUCUCUGCGGCCAUGGAGGGAGCGAAGGCGGCUCCGGCUAAGGCGGCUCCGGCUCAGCCGGCCGACGGAGAAGCCGGGUCUGAGUGGAGCAUCCCGCCCAACGCGCCCGCCUGCAUGGAGCGGCACCUGGACGGGGCCCACUACCGGGCAGAUGGUUCUUUGCUCCUGGGAGCUUCCAGUUUGAGUGGACGUUGCUGGGUGGGUUCUAUUUGGGUGUUCAAGGACCCAUUGAAAGCUCCUAAUGAAGGCUUUUGCUCUGCGGGAGUUCAGACUGAAGCAGGAAUAGCAGACCUGAAAUGGGUUGCUGAUAAAGGCAUCUUGGUAGCUUCGGAUUCAGGUGCCGUGGAACUUUGGGAACUAGAUGAGAAUGAAACUCUGAUCGUGAACAAAUUCUGCAAGUACGAGCACGACGACAUUGUGACAACAGUGAGUGUCCUUGCCAACAACACACAGGCUGUCAGUGGCAGCAAAGACUUCAGCGUGAAGAUCUGGGACAUCCCUCAACAAACAGUACUCAACACCUACAGAGCUCAUUCCAGUCCAGUGACAUGUGUGGCCUCCUGCCCUGGAAAAGACACAGUGUUCCUGUCCUGUGCAGAGGAUGGCAGGAUUUUACUCUGGGAUACCAGAUCACCAAAACCAGCAACUAGGAUUGCCUGCAGUGCCUUUAGUAACCUCCCUACCUCCCUGGUGUGGCAUCCACAUCGAACGGACACUUUUGUAUUGGGUGACGAAAGUGGGACUGUUGUCCUUGUGGACACAAAGAACACAGACUCUGCCCUAAGCUCACCUGUGCACUCCCGAAGCGUCACUGGAUUUGCUUUUUCUGCACAUAGCUCACCCCUGUUGGCUUCCAUCAGUGAAGACUGCUCAGUAGUUGUUCUUGACUCGAGCUUCUCAGAAGUUUUUAGAAACCGGUCCCAUCGAGACUUUGUGAAAGGUUUAUCGUGGGCACCAUUGAACAAAGUCUCACUGACGACGGUUGGAUGGGACCACCAGGUUCUACAUCAUACAGUCCCGACGCAGAAUAACCAUCCUCCUGGAAAAAACAACAUAACUGCAUAGAUCUGUGUCUUCCAUUUGGGGUCAUUCUCCCUGGAAUAGCAUCUUUUUUGCUUUCGGUUUUUUGUUUUUGUUUUGGUCGAGUCCUGGGGAUGAAUAUGGCCUUUGCAGCGAUGAAGAAAAGCCCUGUAGCAAUUUCAUGUUAGGUGAGCACUAGCUCAUUUCAGCCACUUGUUGCAGCCAAUGAGAUUCUUUGAGCAUCAGAAGUCUUAUCGAUGGUGACAGAACAGUACAAACUCAUAGAGAAUUGGGUUCAUUUUGUUUUAGUUC